AUGCCAGCCACCACUCUGCACGAGUCAAGCUUCGGGGUUCUGGAGAAGAUCACCAGCGUCCUCAUCGUCAUCCUCAAGAAGGCCGCCGAGUCACCGGAGGCAGCGUCCUUGCCGGCGGCCCGGCUCUACGCCGACAUGCACCCCCUGACGUACCAGGUUCAGAUCAUCUCCCGCAUGGUCAAGAUGCUGUUCGAGAAGCUCGCCGACGCCGCCGAGCCAGAGCUCGCUGAGCUCACUGACCCGACCAUCGCCGACUUGAUCGCCCGCGCUGAGAAGCUGCUCGCCCUCGUCAAGACCAUCUCCCCCGACGCGGUCAACGGCAAGGAGGACGAGCCCGUCGUCAUGGCCACCCCGAACUCGGGGACCUGGAACAUGACCCGCAAGACCCUCGCCUCCAACUUCAUCGUGCCAAACUCCUUCUUCCACCUCCAGACCGUCUAUUCCAUCCUGCGCAUGAACGGCGUGCCGCUCGGCAAGGCGGAUUUCCUACUCUCGUUUGCAGGGCCGCCGGCUGUGUUCCCUCAGAAAUGA